GAGAAAGAAAAAAAAAUUAGAAAAUUAAUUCAUAAAAGCAAAUUCCUAAAGAAAAACUAAAAAAAUCGUAGAAAAAUUCCUAAAAAUCCUCAAAAUUUUCCUAGUAAUAGUAUUUAGUGUUAAUUAUAGAAAUUCAAGGGGAGGAAGCUAAUUUUGUGGCUAGAAAUUCUACAACAAAGGAAAUUGAUUAAUAGUGAAAUUAUUAAAGUAAAUGGCUUGUAAUCAAGGAAAAGGAAAGGGUUUGUUUAGACAAUUGUUGAGAGGUAGUAGUUUUAGGCCUACCUUACUUAGAGGGGACCCGCAUGAGAGGGGGGUAACGGGUUUUGCUAAGAGGGCAAGGCAGGAAGAGGCUGCCAGACACAGUAUUGCCCAAAGGUCGAGUGCGCUAGACCUAGUCCGAACCCCUCUUGAUGACCAGUCCAGCAGCAUCCAGAGUAGUUGGGGGGUUUCUAGUGAUGAUGAUAAUGAUGCUGAUGAUGUUCAAUACGAAGCUCCUGAUUCUCGCCCAUUGGACUGGACUGUUGUUCGCGGGCCCGAGGGGAGAUUCGCACAUGGCGGCUCUAGUUCUUCUGCCGCAUCUGAGCGCGCAGGACGUAGUUUCGUCGAUAAUGAGCCGCCACGAGAGAGCAGGUCCUCACAGUCCGCUAACACGGACUGGUUAGUCACAUCGCCCCAGCCCAGGGGGCCGACAGAUACGCAACUGAUCCCUAGCUAUGGCGGGCACAUAACUAAACUUAUUUUCGACGGCUCUGAGCGUACGCCUCCGAUUCUGGAUUGCCGUAUUAGGAAGAGGCUGGUGGAGUCCAUCAUUCGACUAAGGGACAUGUCUGAUGCGUUUAACGAUGUUCUACCUACCACUUCCCUCGGCCGACUACCGGACAUUAUGCACCAGCACAUCGACUGUGCUUUGAUAUCGGCGUUCGUGGAGGGGUGGCAGCCGGAUACGAACACCGUCCACAUGUUAUGGGGGGAAAUGACAAUUAUGUUGCACGACGUGCAACGCAUACUGGGCAUUUCUAUUGAAGGUUUUCUGUCGGCUGAGCCUUCUAAGGCGGAGUGGCACGUCGGUAUCACCAAUCUCUUCGGGGAGCCUAUGUCUGAGCUUCGGCGUAGGGGUGCGUUCACCUGCGGCAGCGUGAACGUUGCUGAACUGAUGCGGCUGUGUCAUAGGUCACAGGCCAUGGAUACCCAGACGACAGCGUACUACAUGGCUAUCGUCGGCUCUACCUUGCUGGCGUAUAAGACCAGAAUUGGCAUGCCACCUCACCUGAUACUAGCCGUGAACGUCGAUCAACAGGAGGUGGCCUGGGGUGCGGUGACCUUGGCCUAUUUGUAUAGGCAGCUCGGAAUGGCAUCUAGGGCUGGUUGCAAGACCAUUGUGGGAUGCCUAACAUUGCUCCAGACAUGGAUUUAUUAGUACUUUCCCGCUUUCCGCCCUCAUCCUUGACGAGAAGAUGUGCCAAACAUGACUAGGGUGGAGAUGUGGUCAACGAAGAAACCAUGUCGUGAGGUAGACAUGCUGAGGGACUGCCGCAGGGUUCUUGACUCAAUGACGGAGACUCAGUGGAAUGGACUCCGUACAUUUCUGCUCCUAGUGCGUUGCUGAAUGAGCACCCACGCACCACCAUCGUCGGGGGUAUCACGUGCUUUGAUAUCGUCGAGGUGUAUUUGCCGGAGCGGACUUUGCGACAGAUCAGGUUCGUGCAGGCUAUUCCCCCCGCUCCUAUGAGACCAACAAGGCUAUCCGACCGGCACACGGCACCUACUCCGUGACCUUUACUUCUUCUGCUGUUUAUUUGGAGGCAUGGAGUAGGUUCCCCUUUAGUGCCCGCGUUGUUGAGCAGGGCCUUCGACGGGCAUCUGGUCCUUCUCAGAGCAAAGUGGAAUACUUCCUCAAUGAAUGGCCCAUUCGAUUUGCUCCAGUGGCUAGGCUAUCUUCUUCGCUCGCGGAUAUGAACCCCUGUCAAGGACAUGCGUUAGAAAUAUACCUUAAUGAUUGUAGAGAUUUAUUUGCCGAAUGGCAAAUUUUUAAAGGGAUGGCCCUUCAUAGUCUGUACUUAAACUGUUUUACAUUAAUGAAUGUAUUUAUUU